AUGUCGCUGCUCUCUUCGCGACGAGACUCUUUGUCGUCGAAGUUCGUGGCGACAUACAACAGGCUAUUCCAUGGCCUUGCGCCCGAGCAGAUUGCGCCCAACCAAGAUGCAGCCAGGUUCUGGUCUACUCUGCUUGAACUCGAGGUAGAAUCAGAGUUCCUUUCAGCUCGUCUGAGCGAGACCAAGAAGGAGGAAUGCCUGGGACCUCUCAAGUCAAUCUUGAAUGGUAUUAUACUUGCAUGUUUGCACUAUGCAACUACGGCGUCUAUGGAUGACGUGAAGAAGGCUCAUGCCGUGGAAACGCUCUCGAUCGCAAGCCGCUGUCUCCUGCGGAAGAACCUCACGGGAUGGGAGGUCAUGGAGAUCUUCGCGGGAGGAGUGCACGAGAGCGACAAAGUGUUCAAUGACCUCACAGCAAUGAUUAGUGACAUCUUGAGUGAUGCUGCUGCUCCAGCCAGUCUACGCCAUCAAGUGCUGCAGCUAGCAGUCAUUCUCGUCGCGGGAAUCAGCCAGCUUAGUCCAGGGGCCUACUUCCUACGGCGCGACCUCUUUCCCUGCAUUGUCACUAUUAUCACGUCUCUAGAGACGGAACAGUUCACAUUCGAAGCGGCUCUGCUCCUGGCUUUGCUGGCCAACUUUCAUAAAUCCGAUGCGGCUAAAUUGAACCCAUACCUCCGCCGCAUACGGGAAACGCAGGAUGAUGCGUUAAUGCACAAAGUCUGCUGGGCAUCCAACUUUGCUGCAGACGCUGUGGCUAAAUCGUAUCAGAGCAUAUUUGACGACUCUCCACCGACGCUUGGAACCACGUUCGGCUCAUUGUUAUUUUCUCUGAGACCCGACCGCGCUCUGGCAGCCACCCCGGUUGAUCCUCCACGAGAGCUGUUCAAGAACCAACCAAUUGAAGCCUGUGUUAUUUUACUACCCAUCUUCGAGUUUCUGAGCAUCAAUACCACGUUCCAAACCAUUUUCGUGGAGCCCAUGGGCGCGGCAGCAGACAAAAGCUCGCGGCUCGCACCCUUGCCGUACACAUCGUUAACGCUGUCCUCAUAUCUACUGACACAUGCAUCAUCUACGCAUGCCCCGCGGGCGAUUGCAUAUGCCAAUUUGGCUUUGAAUCUAUUGCUUGUCAUGGUGGAGAGCGAUAUCAUCAUGGACGCCUUCUGCCACACGACAGAUGCGAGCAUCAGGCUAUGCCGUCAGAGACUGCCGCUGCUGCCACUAUCCCCACCGCGGGCGCCGAUAUGCGCGCUGUUGGACUGCAGCGUCUUAUGGUUACGACACAACUUACACAAGCGUCUCGAAGUGUAUGCGUACAUAAAAUGCGUCAGAAUUUGUUAUCGAGUGCUGUGGUAUUUGCAAAGAGAGCGCCUUCGGCUGGAGUACCAUUGGCAAGAGCUGUGGAAGGCGUUGAUUGGCUUGCUUGAUUUCCUGGCCAAUAAAGUGGACGUUCUCAUUACGACAGGCGGCAUCGAGCAACUCAUCCAGGAGACAGUCCUUGUACUCGACCUAGCUUUAUGUCAUUCAUCGGCAAUUUUGCCUAGUGCGCAGGCUAUACAUGAGCUGAUUUAUGAAGUAGUACGCUCUGCGGCUGUCUUCCAAAAGCAACAAGUACUGCUGGAGAAGUUGGCCUUGCCCAAGUCUGCUUUCCGGGAGGGGGAGAAUACUGCAACAGAUGCUCUGGCAAAUAUUCACGUAGUGACGAUCCAUUACGAGGUCAAGAUCAGAAAUGCGGGGGCCACGACUGCAAGUCGCGCCCUCCGUGUCCUCUCAAAAGAGGUUGAGCAUGACGGCCUCAAUUACGGAAAAGACUUGCAUAUCGAGAAGCCGCCGAAACAAGCGGACGACGUCAUCGCGUUUAUUCGGUAUGCUUACAUGGAUGGCAUGUCCCUUAUGCCAUAG